AUGCCCAAGUCACAGAGCUCAUCAGUGGUGGAGGAGGGACUCCAGCCGGGUGUCUUUGGCCCAGCCCAAACCUAUGCUCUCCCUGCCAGCCUCGAGGGAUGCGGGGGUCUCACCAGCCCCGACCCGGCACACGGAGGGACAAGGCGCAAGCCUGCGGGAUGUGGAAGGUCUGGCAGCUGUGGCCUCCCUCUGGCUUCAGCCUCUGGCUCCUCCCACCAGGGCCUCUCACAUGUCAGUCUUUCCCUGGGAACAAGGCACAACUUCCUUAUCUGCUCUGACAGGACUCAAACUCCGAGUUCAAACCCAUUUCCUCCUAAUCUCCCUACGAAUGACCCCAUCCGUCAAGCCCACACGGUCGCAGACUCCGCCCCGCAUGCCCCGCCCCAGAAGCCCACACGCAGUGACGCGUGUUCUCCGGGUACUUCCCUCUUCACGGAUGUGGGAAGGGACGGUCAUGCUGGGCUGCGGAAGCCUCCCGAGGCCAAAGGUGGAGUGCAGCGGCCAGAGCAACAGUUUGUCUCCCACGGGAUACAGCGAGGCUGGAGCGGUGGCGUGUCUCUCAGCUCCAAGGCGGUCUCAGCAACUCCUGCACACCUGUGCCUGUGGCACCUCAGCUGUCCCCGUACGAACAUUAAGGCAGCUCCGCUGGAGAAGCAAAGGCACAGGGGUCAAGCCAGGGCACUCCAGUCAUGCAAACCGGGGAGUGUGAGUGAGCCCAGCCCGGUGCUGUGCUAUCCAGCAGAGCCUCACUCACUCCAGGCCGCUGGAAUUUUGUGCUGUUUGUUAUGCAGCAGCAGGACAAUAGAUACAACAUCUGUGAACUGGGAGUGAAUCUGCACCUUCCUUGCACCAUUAGAUGGGUGGUGCUUCCGUUGUGACUGAACAGUUGCACGCUUUGGCAUUGACUUUUAACAGCAGUCUAAUUUAAGCUUGUCCCUGCCCCUUUGGUCUUGCACCUGAGCCGCACUGGAUUUCUCCGCUGUCCUUAAACGUGCUGGAAAGCCGCAGAGACAUGAUCCCACACGUUUCCCUCCAUCUAGGACACAUCUGCCCACAUGGCACAGUCUACUGAGACAUCCUCCCCUCCAGCAAGCCUGCCCCAAUUCUCAGUGGACGGGAAUCCCCCCACCACAAGGCCCCUGGUCCCUCUGCACUACCACGUGACACUCAGUGCCAUUCGGGGGGUCCCACCCAGGGACGUCACCUGUCACCUGCACCAUGCAGGAGAAGCUAGGCCUGCUGUGCUCUGCUGUUGAGCACUGCUUGGCACAUACAGUGGGCUCAAGGAGUGUUUCUAAAAUAAAGGGGCUGGGGCCAUGAUGUACCUGGAGCCGGACUCCUCAGCCCUUGUGACAGAUCACGUCUGUGUGCCUGGGGAUCCAUCAGGCACCGUGCGCCCACCCCCUCUCCGUCCCCAGCCAGG